AUGGACACCUGCUGUUGUUUUGGAAAGGGCGUUCGGGUCUUCACAAUCAAGGGAUCGGGGCUGAGUAUUGCCAAAAACAACGUUUUGCUUCUUCGUUUGAGGGGUGCUAAUUAUUUCGCAUGUCUACCAAAUCGAUUAUCUCUACCAGUUGUUUCUGCUCUCCGAAUUCCAGAUUCUACGCCAUACCUUGCUGUGGAUCGAGCAGUUACCUUUGCACAAAAGGAUCGUUUGCCCUUGAGAUGGAUAGAGGCGAGCGGGCGGAAGCAGCAUUAUGCUCACCGAUAUCAUCUAUGGGAAAUAAAUGGGAGACUUGCUCUAUCUUGUGAAGAGAGCAAUCUAAUGGGUUUGGAAGCUCUUGAUGAAGAGCUGGCUUCAAAAAAAUCUGACGAUUUCGCACUGGAACAACGUUAUCGAGAAAUAAAAGCAAAAAAUUCGUGA